GUCAGUUUCGAGUCGUGCCACGGUCAGCGCUGCCAGCCAGCUUCAGUUCCUUUCUGGCUGCCGUCGAAUGUUGUCGUCGUUCGGUUGAAACACGCGCACCCGACAAGCACACACAUAACAAACAGCAGCAGCAAAAUCAACAACAAAUCAAAGAGAGACCACGUCAAAAAAAUUAUUGUUGGAAUUUAUUUCGAAAAUAAUGAGAAGUUUUUUUACACACACAAGAUAACAUCAAAAAAUGUAAAAUUAUUGAAUUAACAAUUCAAACAGUGAAGUAUUUGAAAAGUGUAUUAAAAAAAAAAAUUUAAAAACAAAACAAAGAAAUUAUCAGUUAAAUGAAGAUAAACAAAUUACAAGUUCAAGUGACAAUUCGAACAAACAAAAAAACAAGUGACAACAAAAAACAAACAACAAAAUAAAAACAACAAUCAACAAGCACAUUUUGUGGAUUAAGUGCUAUAAAAAGUUCCUGUUGCAACUCAGCAAAACAUCAACAAACAAAAACAACAACAACAACAACAACCAACUACAGCAGCAACAACAAAAACUUGGAUUACUACAACAACAGUAUUACAACACAAACAACAAACAAACAAACAAACAAGCACAACAAGUGAAACAAAAUUAAAAUAAUCAAAAACAAACAAAAAAUCAAGUGCAAACAAAAAUUAUUUAAAAAUUUUGCUAGCAACCAAAAAAAAGAAAGAAAACAACAAAUUCGGAAAACUUGUGCAACACAUAAAACAAAAAAAAAAAAAACAAAACAAAACAGACCCAAGAAAUGUGAAAGCGUAACAAACAACAACAAACAACAACAAAAGUGAAAGAAAAAGUGCACAAAAAAAUAAAGUUUUAAAAAUAAAAAUUGAAAACAAAGUUGAAAUAAACUUUGGCAAAAUGUCGCUGAACCUUUGAGGCAACAAUCAACACCAAACAACAAAAGAAAACAGUUGAAACAAGCAACAAACAAACAAACAACAACAACUCACACACACACACACACACAGUGGACACAAGUGUGUGUUAGAUGCCCAUGUAUUUGUUGAUGCCAUGCAAUUGAUUGUUGACAAAAUUCCCAUGUAUUCCAAACAAACAACGAAGCGCAAUUCCAAAAAAAAAAAUGAUGAAAUGAACCAGCAGGCGGGCUCCUCAAGGGCGCCAGCCACAGGGGGCCAAAUCUCACCGCCAGGUGGCAGCAGCAACAACAACAACAACAGCGGCAGCAACAGCAGCAGUGUUGUCGAUGCACAGCAACAGCAGCAACUGCAACAGCAGCAGCAGCAUCAGCAGCAACAACAACAAUACUACAAUCAACAGCAGCAACAGCAAUACCAGCAACAGCAACGCGAAAGUUUUUUGGCUUAUCAGCAGCAACAACAACAGCAGCAGCAACAGCAACAACACCAUCAGCAACAUCCGCAACACCAUCAGCAACAGCAGCAGCAUCACCAGCAACAGCAGCAACAACGCUCGGUGGGCGGCAGCAACUUUAUGCUGGGCAAUGAGCUCGUCGGCGGCGACAGCCUGCGAAGCCUGAACAACACCUUCGGUCCCAACUCGGAGUUCACAUCGCUUGGCGGCAGCAACUCGGCCAGUUCACUCGGUGGCCUCAGCUCCUCAAGCGGUCCAAGCGUCCAAGGCCAAGGCAGCGGAGUCGGUGUCGGCGUCGGUGUCGGCGUUGGCGGUGCUGCUGGUUACCCGAAUAUGGUCCAACAGCAACAGCAACAUCACCAGCAGCAACAGCAACAACACAUGUCCAACAUGGAUGCCAUGGGUGGCUACAGUCAGAUGGGCGGCGGCAUGCAUCCCAAUGGCGGUAUAAUGGGCAACGGCAAUGGCCAAUACAUGAAUGGAGGUGGUCAGGGCGGUUACAACGGUGGCCAAGGGGGCAUGGGCAUGGCCGGCAUGGGCUACGGCAAUGCAGCGGCACAAAGACAUCAUCAGAUGUCACCCAUGAACCACAUGCAGAACAUGUCAAUGGGCCCCGGUGGCAGCAUGCCCGGCAUGCAGAUGGGCGGCAUGAAUCCCAUGGCCAAGAUGCAGGGCAUGGCCAACGGCGGCUACUCGCAGCAACAGGGACCGCCGCCGCAGCAACAGCGCCGCAUGACGCCCUAUCCCCAUCCGCAGAUGCACAUGGCCCAGAAGCGUGCCGGCGCUGGCGUUGGCGGCGGUGUCGGCGGCAUGUACCCGAAUCCCGCCCAGCAGCAGCAGCCCAAUCCGCAGAUGUACGGCGGCCAGCAGAUGCAUCCGGGUGCCGGAGGAGGAGCCGGAGUCCCGCUGCCAAUGCAAGCGGGCGCAGGGAAUGGCUAUGGACGAGCUGGUCCUAUGGGCGCUGGAGGCGUGGUCGGAGCCGGGGGCGCUGGCGCCUAUGGACGCAUCUCAGCACCCAACGGUGGCCCAGUGAUGAGUCCCGGUGGCGGCAUGAUGCCCAUGGGCGGAGCGGGCAUGGUGCCCGGUGGUCCAGGUGGCUGCAUGGGACAGCAACGCUUUGUACCCCAGGCGGGCGGAGCUGGCGUCGGCUAUGGCGCCGGUGGGGGCGGAGGAGCAGGCGGCAUGGGAGGAGCGGGCGCGCAUCAGGCGCAAUUCUAUCCUGGCGGCAAUGGUGGCGGCAUGGGCGUGGGCGCUGGCCAAGGCGGCAUGUGCCCGGCUGGACCGGGUGCCGUUGGCAGCACCGGCAAUCCCUACCAGAAUCAAGGUUUCCAGCAAAACUAUCAGCACAGUCCAGUUCCUGGCAAUCCGACGCCACCUCUGACGCCGGCCUGCAGUGUGCCCUACGUCAGCCCCAAUCCGGACAUCAAGCCUCCAAUGGACAGCAGCGAAGAGAUGAGACUGACAUUCCCGGUGCGGGAUGGCAUCAUAUUGCCACCAUUCCGCCUGCUGCACAAUCUCUCGGUGAGCAAUCAUGUGUUCCAUCUCAAGCAGAAUGUCUACAACACGCUGAUGUGCCGCACCGAUUUGGAGCUGCAGCUGAAGUGCUUCCAUCAGGACGAUCGCCAGAUGAACACAAACUGGCCGCACACCGUCACCGUCUCCGCCAAUGCCACGCCGCUCAACAUCGAGCGAUCCGAGAAGAACAGCACUGCGCUGCGUCCGCUCUAUCUGAAGGCUGUUUGCCAGCCUGGACGCAAUACGCUGCAGCUGACCGCCAGUUCCUGUUGUUGUUCACAUUUGUUUGUGCUGCAACUAGUCCAUCGACCAUCGGUGCGUCAAGUGCUGCAGACGCUGCAUAAACGCAAUCUGCUGCCGCUGGAGCACAGUGUGCAAAAGAUCAAGCGCAACCUGAGCCUGCCCAGCGUUGGUGCCGAUGGCGCCGCCGUUGCCAGUCCCGAAUCGGUGCCCGGUCAGUCGGGUCAACAGCCGCAAUGCGCCAAGAUCUCAUUGAAGUGUCCCAUCACAAAGUCUCGAAUACGUUUGCCCGCCCGCGGUCAUGAGUGCAAGCAUGUGCAAUGCUUCGAUCUGGAGGCGUAUCUCAUGAUCAACAGCGAGCGCGGCUCGUGGCGUUGUCCCGAGUGCAGCAAGUCCGCCAUCACCGAUACCCUGGAGAUCGAUCAGUACAUUUGGGCCAUACUCAAUACGCUGAGCCACUCCGAUGUGGAUGAAGUGAUCAUUGAUUCAUCGGCCAAUUGGCGUGCCCUCCAACACAACGGUGGCAUGCCAAAUGCUCCGCCCCCAGCCGGCGGUGCACAAACUCCCAAUGCUGUGGCGCCACCCAAUGGCUCUGCGAGUGGCAAUUCGAGCAGUGGCAACACUGCUGCCAAUGGCAACUCCAAUGGCAGCAGCAGCAACACGAGCGUCGGCUUGCCGGCCAUCAAGCAGGAACUGUGCGAUGACAUUGCUAAGGUGAUGUCGCCGGGAUCCACACAGCUGCCCACCUGGGACAAUUCACAGGCGAUGAGUCCGUACAACAUGCACGACAUGAAUUCCAUUGCCAAUGGCAACAUGAUGGGCAACAACAACGCACCCAAUGGCGGCCAACUUGGCAAUCGCAGCAGCUACGACAGCUUCAGCGGUAGUCAUGGCGAUGGCAAUAAUAUGGCCAACAGCGAUGGCGUCAACUCGCUGGAUCAGCUCAAUGCCAUGGAGAAAUCGCUCAGCGAUCAGAUGCCUCACACGCCACACACACCUGGUGCAGCCAAUCAUCCAAUGACGCCCGGUGGUCCGCCCAGCGUUAGCUCCUCACACAAUGAGCCGAUCAGCGGCGGCACGCCCAACGCCUCCAAUGGCAAUGGCAACAAUAAUAGCAACAACAACAACAACAGCACUGGACACAAUUCACCGCAGACACCGGGAACGCCAAGUCGUAGUCUGGGAAGCAGCACGAGUCUCUCGAAUGCGGACAACCAGCAGCAACAAUCCCAGCAGCAAUCGCAGCAGGAGCAGCUGCUGAAUUCCCUGAUGAGCAGUCAGACACAGUUGAACGAUCUGAGCGCAGAGCUGCAAAACUUUGAUCCCGCCGCUGCGGGUCUCGAUAACAACGGACACGAUCUGAAUCUGCUGCAGGAUAUGGAUCCCAUGGAAAUUCUUUCGUAUUUGGAUCCUCAGACAGACCUCAAUACGCCGCCAUCGAGUGGCAGCAGCAACAACAAUGCUAAUGAUGAUCUGUUGGCCACGUUAUUCGAUUAAGGCCGCCAGUGUUGCACAAUGCAAAACAGCAAAUGGAGAACGAAAGAGAAAAAUUCAAGAGAAAUGUAAAAGAAAGAAAACAAAGCAAGUGAAAAGAGAUAAGAAAAGCAAAUGGCAUGAAACCAUAAUUGUAAAUAGUAUUAUUAAUUUUAAUGAAUUGUGCACUAUAGCAACAAACAACAACAACAAUUUUCGUUUCCUCACACAUACACACACAUCUACACACAAAACAACAACAACAACACGAAAUCGAAGCAGUAAGUGCAAAAUUGGAAUUUUGCAGUGUUGAAAAACAAUGAAAUGUGAUUUAAAAAUUAAUUAAUUAAAUUAAUUGGCAUUUAAUUUAAACAAAAACAAAAAAAAAGCAUAAAAAUAUAAUAACAACAAACAGUCAUUAUACCAUAUAAUUCAAUUCAGUUGAAAGCAUUACUAAAAACCUAAAACAAAAACAACAAAAAUUUUAUGAAAAAUUCCUUCAAUGAAAUUUACGAAUUUAAAUGUGUAAUUUUCGCUGGCCCCCCACCCGCAAUUUGAACAUUUUUUUUGUGUUUUAUUUUUCGCAUUGAAAAUUUGAUCAGGACAUUUUCAUACAUUUGAUGCACAUUUAAAUAUGUGAAAUGUUUCUUGUUUAUUGUACAAAGUAUUAAAAAGUAAAAUGUAAAAGAAAGAUUAAGCAAACAAAUUAAUAAAUACGCAGCAAAACAUUACAACAAACACAUUAAAGAAAUAAAAUACAACAACAACAAGUAAAAAAAAGGGAAGCAUGAGCAAACAAAAACAAAAAAAGAAAAUACAAAAAAUCCCAACAAUUUUAUUACAUUUAUAAAAUGAAAACAUUUACAUUUUAAUUGUUGCAUAAUUUUAAUUAUUUUUUAAUGCCUAUAAAAUUAAUUGAUUUAGCGCGGUAAACUAAAAGAAAUUAAAGCAAAAUGGAAGCGCAUAAAUAAAACAAAAAUGGAAGGAAAGCGAGAGGGAAAGUUUAAAAUAUUAAGUGUAAAAAAAUUGUACUUGUAAUUUAAGGCGCAAACAAACAACUAUUACAAAUUUAAAUCAAAUUUAACGCUAGACGUAAAAUAAUAUAAAGUAAAAUUAAAUAAAAUAUAAUAUAAAUUGUAUAUAUCGAUAUGUAUGUUAUAUGCGGCAACAACAAAACACACACAAUUACAACAAACAAAAAAAGGAAAAGAAAAAAACAAAAAUAUGAAAAGAAAAAUAAUUAAUUAAUACAUAUAAAUAAAAAAAGAAUACGUAUAUAAAAAAGUAUUGUUUAAAAACA